AUGUCGACAGAUUCUAAAGAACCGAAUCUCGCGUCACCCAAUGACUCACAGCCCAUAGACUCCAAGCUUGACAGCCAUCCUUCGGUGACCCCGAUACCCGCAGACGAAGUUGGGCUUCGAAGAGUUCCAGACCGCAUUCCAUGGGUUGUCUUGCUCGUAAUCAUCGUCGAGCUGGGAGAACGGUUCACCUACUUUGGACUUAGUGGGCCACUGCAAAAUUACAUCAAAAAUCCAUAUGACCCUGGUGCAGAGCUACCAGGUGCACUGGGCAAAGGUCAAGCGGUUGCCACAGCCCUUGGGAAUUUUUUCAAGUUCUGGGCCUACGCGUCCACUGUCAUCGGCGCUAUAGUCGCAGAUCAAUUUCUGGGCAAGUUCAAGGCAAUCCUGGUAGCCUGCGCAAUCUACAUUGUUGGCCUCACCGUGUUGGUGACCACGGCCACGCCAGCCUCCAUCCAGGGAGGUUCUGCAUUUGGCGGACUUGUAGCGUCCAUGGUGAUCCUAGGCCUCGGGACCGGAGGAAUCAAGGCAAAUGUCACGCCGUUCUGCGCGGAGCAAUAUCAAAAAGUUCAUGCAUAUGUGAAGACCCUCAAGUCGGGGGAGCGUGUAAUCGUGGAUCCCGAUUUGACUGUGGAGCGGAUGUUCAUGUGGUUUUACUGGGCUGUGAAUCUUGGUGCUCUCUCGCCCUUGAUUACCGUCAAUGUUGAAGCCAAGGCUUCUUUUUGGCUCGCUUUUCUCAUUCCUCUUAUUGUCAUUGUUAUCGUCGCAAUAGUGUUUCUCGGCAGUAGCAAGCUGUUCCUCAAAACGAGACCGCAUGGUUCUCCGAUCGUCGACGCGGCACGGACGGUCUCCAUCGCUAUUGCAGAACAGGGCUUCGAGAACGCAAAACCCAGUCUCCUCCAAGAACAAGGGCGACUAGAGCGGUAUCCGUUUGCAACUCGACCAGGUUUUACUGACUAUAGCGUCGAGAAGGUACGGACGGGAAUCACGGCCUGCAAGCUCUUCCUCCUCUUCCCUUUUUAUUUUAUUUGUUGGAUCCAGAUCUGGAAUAACCUCAUCUCUCAAGCUGGGCAAAUGGCCUUGCACGGGACACCGAACGACCUCCUUCAAAACCUCGAUCCUAUUGCUCUGAUCAUUUUCAUUCCUCUCUUGGACUUUGUGGUGUACCCUUUGCUCCGUCGUCAUAACAUAAACUUCCGACCAGAGUUGAAGGUCACCGCUGGAUUCAUCCUGGUCUCACUUUCCAUGGUCUACGCCUGCGUUCUUCAGUAUUACAUCUACAAAUCACCGCCAAACUCCAUCCAUGUUUGGAUCCAAGCUCCCGCUUACGCUCUCGUCGGAUUCUCUGAAGCGUUUGUGAUUAUUACCGGUCUGGAGCUUGCCUACACCAAAGCCCCAGAGAGCCUUCGGUCUCUCGUCUCGGCCUUGUUUUGGCUCACUAUUGGUAUUGCCGCCGCCAUCUGUAUCGCACUGGCACCGGUCUCCCAAGAUCCGUACCUUGUGUGGAUGUACGGCUCACUGGGUAUUGUCGGACUCGUUGCCGGUAUUUUGUUUUAUGUGUUAUUUGGGCGCGCUUUUGAUCAGCCGAUCCUUUUGGAAACGGUUGAGGCCAUUGAUCCAGGUGAGGUUAGGGUCUAG